AUGGGUUGUAUGUUCUCGAAGAAGGUCCGCAAGGAGGCUGAGGAGGAGUGGCUCCCUCCUCCCAUCGUCUUCCCAACCCCGCCCAUUCGAGUGCGCCCCCCAUUCGAGCCUUUGCCAAUCCGGCUCCCCGAGAUUGGCCCCAACGGUGAGCCGCCGCUCCGGGCGAUCCCUGUGCCGGCGUGGCGCAGGCGGCCGGCAGACCAGUGCCUCUAUCACUUGAGGUACGAGCUUGGCUCCGACGACUCCCUGGUCUGCGAAUGCCACGCAGCCCGCCGAACUGCAAUGCCGCGCAACCCAAGAUACCCUGGGCUUCUUUGGGGAACCUGA